ACAGGGCGUCGCCUCUCCUUCUCUCCAAUUUUCACUGGGCGAAACUCGCAGUCGCCAUGGACGACAUGGGCGGGGACUACAGCCUCUACUGGGAAACCAAGCGCCUCAUCGACUCAGAGGAACUCGCGAGGUUCUGGGGCUUCGAGGAGGCCGUCGCCGGGGACCACUACGACUCCAGCUCCCCGGAUGGCGGCCCCACCGCCGCCGCGAAGAACGUUUCCAUGGAGAGGAACCGCCGGCGGAAGGUCAACGAGAAGCUGUACGCGCUCCGAAGCGUCGUUCCCAACAUCACCAAGAUGGACAAGGCGUCGAUCGUCAAGGACGCCAUCGAUUACAUUCUGCAGCUUCAAGAUCAAGAGCGCCGUAUGCAAGCUGAGAUUCUUGCGCUCGAGAAUCUGAAACAGGGCAGGGCUGACCAUGACCUCGAGUUCUGCGAUGACAUGCACUUGGUCCAGAGGAAGAAGAAGAGAACGGCUUCAGAGCCGAUGCAAGCAAUCGAACUCACAGUGAGUGCACUGGGGGACAAAACGAUGGUGGUAAGCAUCACCUGCAAAAAGAAGCAUGACGCCAUGAUCAGGCUCUGCGAGCUCUUUGUGUCCCUCCCACUCAAGAUCAUCACGGCCAACAUCACCUGCGUCUCCGGCAGCCUCUUGCAUACUCUGUUCGUUGAGAGUGAUGAAAUGAGGACCGAACAGUUGAAGGAAGAGAUUGAAGCAGCCAUCAUACGACUUGGGAGCCCAAGGAGGCCGUAAAAAAAAAAGAGACGUUUUUACUUAAUAAUUACUUAAUAAUUAAGUUCACGCCUUGCGGCCUUGACAGUCCAUCCCUACACUAUGUAAAGGGAGGUAAAUGACGUAUAUGAACGAUGAAAUGUUAUGGUCUUCAUAAAAUAUAUUUUAUACG